AUGAGACAAGUAGAUAAGUCAAGUCAGGAUGUGGAGAGCCAAUGGACUGGCGUAUCUCCCAGCUCACCUCUCCUUCCCAAAUCUCAGCAAUCACAACACUCGCCCGUCCUCAACAGCACCCCCCUCUCUUGGAUAAAAGGUGUACCCUUCCUCAUCUGGCAGUUUACCGAGAACGACUUUCCAACAUUUAUUCUUCCCAACUCUGCGUUUGGUAUCUUUGGUGCCCUCGCUGGGCCUCGUUUGUUCUCGGACGAAACAGGGCCCACCGUCUCUGAGGUCCUCUGGCGAGUACCUAUCGUGAUAAUCUACAACUGGUAUAUGACCUUCAUAUUUGACCUCGCCAACCAGCGUGGCGCCGAUUCGGUCGAGGAAGACAGGAUCAACAAGCCCUGGCGGCCCAUACCUAGUGGAUAUGCCACCAUGGAACACGCAAGAUUAUUGUUGCUCAGCUCGAUACCGUUGGCGAUGGCAAUGAACUGGUACCUUGGGGUGUUCUCCGAGGGAAUGUGGAUCCUCGUGUUGGUCUGGAUGUACAAUGACUUGAGAGGUGGCGACCACAUGCUCAGAGACCCACUGAUUGCGGCCGGCUCUUUGGGCUUCAACGGUGGAAGUUUGAGACUUGCUGGUGGUGUGGGAAGGACGGUAAAUGACGAGGGCCAUUUGUGGACAGUCAUGAUUGCAGCGGUCAUCUUGACCACUGGAUACAUCCAGGACCUCAAGGAUCAAGUCGGGGAUAGACUGCGGGAGAGGAAGAGCGUGCCCAUUCUGAUCGGUGAUGGGCUGUGCAGGGCUGUCAUCGGUGCCUUCAUCUUGUCCUGGUCAUUCGCCUGUGCUUAUUUCUGGAGGCUCAAGUUAUGGGUAUUUGUUGUUCCAGUCCUUCUUGGAGCCGGUAUCGGGAUGAACGGGCUGUUGAGGAGGAACAGGGAAGCGGACUACGCCACGUGGAGGACCUGGUGCUUCUGGCUCAUUGUCUUGUUUAUGCUACCAACACUGUCACGGUUUUGA